AUGUUAAAUGACUAUACGAAACUCCCACGUGUGGCAACAUCUUCCUCACGUGCAUUCAAACCUCCACUGACCAUUAAUUACCCUAUUCAGGUGAGAGCUGCUGCUUGCAGUAUAGCUUUAGUGAGUGCGGGUGGCAGUGGAUCCAGUCAUACGGCAGUUGCUAAACCCGAAGAAAGUAAAUUUUCCUAUGACAUCGCCCAUUCAUACCAUGGAGGAUCUCAUGGUUACGCUUCGCCCAAUGGUUACGGAGGUUUCGGAGAUGCUCACGGCAGCUACGGUCUCGGAGGAGGCCACGUAGUAGGAUCUCUUGGCGGUCAUGGUGGCUACGCAGGUUUCGGUCACGAUGGAGGAUUCGGUGGUCAGGAGCACGGAUUUGGAGGAUUUGGACAUGGAGGCUUCGGUGACGGCUUAGGCCACAGCGGAGGUUUCGCGGGCGGAUUUGGUCAUGGAGGAUAUGGAGCAGGGUUCAGUCAUGGAGAAUUCGGCAUUGGAGCAGGUCAUGGUGGAUUCGGUGGCCACGGAGGACAUGGUGUGGCUGUCAGUCAUGGAACCUUCAAUCUUGGACACGCUAGUUUCGAAGGUGGUCAUAGCUCAGGCUUAGGUGGACAUGGCGGUCAUGGAGGAGUUGAUGGUGGUCAUGGAGGACUUGGUGGUGGUCAUGGAGGACUUGGUGGUAGCCACGGAGGACUCAGUGGUGGUCAUGGAGGACUUAGCGGUGGUCAUGGAGGAUUAAGUAGCGGUCAUGGAAGUCACGAAGGACUCGGUGGUCAUGGAGGUCUUGGUCUUUUCGGAGGACUUGGAGGACUUGGUCACGCAGCUUUCGGAGGGUACGCAGGCCACGCGGGGAGUGCUACCAGUUUUUCCAACACCAACCUCGUAAGCCGCGCAAGUGGCUACGGAAGUGGAGGAGGUCAUGCGCAUGGCAGCUAUGGUCACUUCUAACACUCUGAUCACCUCGACUUCGCCGCAUCUAUUUAUAUUUUGUUAUAG